AUGGAUAAUUUGAUCUCUGACAGCAACGGUCUGCUCGUUGCCAAAGUCUAUCGGUUGCUGCAUCGCGGCUUGUGGACUCGGUGUAAUUGCCUUUACGGGGCAGAAGUUCAUCCAGGAGAACCGCCCCGAGCUCUCACAGGCAUUGAUGCCAAGACUAUCUUCUACCCUGACAAGGACACUUCUGGUGCUCUUGAAAGAGAAUCCAAAAGAUUCAAGUCCGUCAAAUCCGCCAGCAACUUGCUCGCACCCGCAUCUUCAAGCGCCAAGCACGCCAAACCAGAGCACGAGGUUCACGAGCAUGAGCAGGCAGGCCACGACUCAUUUCCUUCUACCGCCAACAAAGAGGAGGCCUUGAAGAAAGAGGAUGAGGCCGUCUGUGUCAAGCUGGAGAAAGACGAAGACGAAAGGACAUUUGGUGCUUUCAAGAAGCAGUUGGGAAAUCGUGUGUUGCACCUCAACAAACUCAUGCCGCCCAAGGAGAAGUUCAACCCCUUCCCGCCUCCCAAAACAAGCGUGCGGCGGAUGAUUGCGAAGAGACCUUCAGCUAUGAAGUCUGCGAUUUGGAACGAAAUUCCUUAUGUCAAAGACAAUAACGGUGGUCAUGUGCAUUUGGAGAAGGCCAAGUGGCGCCGCACCAUCCAGGAAUUCCUCUCGGCAAGCAAUGAGAAGAUCAUUGAGAUUCUCACUGCGAACGGCAUUCUCCCCAAUUGGAAAGGUUGUGUGUGUCCGCAUUGUCAAUCUGGCAAGCUCGGUCCUCUCACCUCCAAUGGCCGCGAUGACAUCCUGCGCUACAGGUGCAACAAGAAGUGCUGUCAGCUCUUUUUCUCCCUUACACCCAUUCUUCACGGCAACGAACGGGCCAGAGGGUCACUCGCUUCAAGUGCAGGCUGCAGCCCUUCUUCUUCGUCUCCUCAAUGUUCCGCUGUCCAGCAUCCACUUGCUCACACACAUCAAUCACAAAGCCCAGAAUUCGGCCGCGGCGUCUUGUUCAUGCGCAAGGGCUAUGUCCAAAAGGCGGAAAAGGAAAUCAAAUUCUGCGGCUGUCCAAGGGCUUGGAAAGAGCUCGAAGCCGACAAGGCGACCUUCGAUAAGAAGACCCUUUCUCCUCAGGAGCUCGGCGCGAAACCAGUGCUCUGGGAGCAGUGGGGAGCCAUAGUGCGGCGCGGCACUCCUGAGACCCUCGUCUUGACCAAGCUAAACCCAGCAAUGACAGUUCCUCGUGCGGCCCGUCCUGGUGCCAUCAGAAAGGUGGAUUGGAAGCCUCUGGCCUUGAAGCACGUCCCUAACCGCAAUGUCAUCCUCCACACGGAUUCGGCCCGCUCCUACAAUUUUGAAACUGUCCGGUGUUGCGCACGAUGCGGUGGUGCACAAGAAGAACCGUGUCGAGAAGAACGGAAAGUGGGUGUGGUUGAAGCCGACCUUCGUUCGCAUCUCGAAGCACAAGUUGCCUGA